AUGCAGCAAGAAAACUUGGCUGAAAUUUGGAAGAACAAUGAAUUGAUCAAACAACAAAAAGCUGUGUUCAGCCAUCAUUCGGCUAUUAUACUUCGGCAGUAAUAAUAGAAGAAACUAAAAGCAAGAAUAAAGACAGCGAAGGAACUGUACUUUAAGAAAAAACUUUAUAAUCGAGAUCAAUAGCUCGUCUUUUCGCGAGUGAAAUCUCCAACAUCUUCAAAAAAAAAAAUGUUUACAUAGAAAAUUGAAAAAGCAUUUUAUUUCAAAUGUACCAAUGUCUUCCCGUAUCGUGCGAGAGAUAUUUCAUUUAUAUGGCAGAGGUAAAUAGAGACGGGUAUUGAAAUUAGAUCGGAAAAGAGAUAAAUCAAUAUUUAUACGAUCUUCGACAUUGUUCACUAUUUUGACAAGAUUUAACAUCAAACGGGAUUUAUUUCGAACCACAUCAUUUUAUUAAAUUACAAGAAGCGAUUGAAACUUUUCUAAAGUAAUAAUAUAAAUAAUAUAAAUAAGUAAAGUAAUAAAAUUUACGAUCAUGUCUCACGAUCAUUUCGGUCGGACUUUUCGGUUAAUUAUUUCGUUAAAAUCUCUUCUCAGAAGUAUUGGACUAUAAUUUUUGUUGGUCAACACUCUUAAAAGAAAUAUUCAUAACCAACGCGCGGAAUAGAAAUUUUAGAAUACUCUAUGUAAAAUACUUUUUCUUGUUACAGAAAUUAAAUUAG